UUUACCUUAACCUCAUAACCUGUGUCCGACUGUCUGUGUUGGUGCCGAAAACAGAGACUACAAAUAUGCUCAGAAAGGAGGGAAACAAUGCUGAAACCCCCCAUUGAACCCUAAUCCCCAAUCCCGCGCCCUUCUUUGGACUCAAAAGAUGAUUUAGCAGCACAAGGAAAUCUAUCCGCUUGCUCUUCCCCAUUCCAUUGAACCCAAAAAUACCAAGGGGUGUUUCUGAUUCUCGCUUACUCAGUGCGCUCUGUGAACUGUGAAAAAGGACAUUUUUUUAAUUGGUUUCAAUGGCCAGACUUCUUCGAAACUUCUCCUCUUUCAGGCAGUCUCUUUUAUCGCAGCCAAUUGGCAUAAGGAAUGGCUUAGUUGGGGCCUCCACUCAGAUAUGCCACUUCGCUUCUAAAGGUAAAAGGAAAUCGAGUUCAGAUGAAAGCGACUCGGGAGAAGAGAAUUUGUCCAAAAAAGAUUUGGCUCUUAAACAAGCGCUAGAUCAAAUCACUAAAUCAUUUGGAAAGGGGUCCAUAAUGUGGCUCGGCCGUUCUGUCUGCCCCAAGCAGGUUCCAGUGGUAUCAACAGGAUCUUUUGCUUUGGAUAUUGCAUUAGGAGUUGGAGGACUUCCAAAGGGACGUGUAAUAGAGAUUUAUGGUCCAGAGGCUUCAGGGAAAACAACGCUUGCUUUGCAUGUAAUUGCGGAGGCACAAAAACAAGGAGGGUAUUGUUGUUUUGUGGAUGCUGAGCAUGCUCUAGAUCCGGCACUAGCAGAAGCUAUUGGGGUAAACACUCGAAAUUUGCUUGUUUCCCAACCAGAUUGUGGUGAGCAGGCUCUCAGUCUUGUGGAUACUCUGAUCAGGAGUGGUUCGGUUGAUGUUGUUGUUGUAGAUAGUGUAGCUGCCCUUGUCCCAAAAAGUGAACUUGAAGGUGAAAUGGGAGAUCCACACAUGGCAAUGCAGGCUAGGCUAAUGAGUCAAGCACUACGCAAACUGAGCCACUCGUUAUCUUUAUCACAGACUGUUCUUAUCUUUAUCAAUCAGGUGAGGGCAAAGCUCUCUACUUUCAGUGGAUUUGGAGGGCCUCAAGAAGUUACUUGUGGUGGUAAUGCUCUGAAGUUUUAUGCUUCAGUGCGUCUAAAUAUCAAGAGAGUUGGGAAUGUCAUCAAAGGGGAACAGACUAUAGGAAGCCAAGUUGCCGUGAAAAUUGUAAAGAACAAGCUUGCUCCUCCAUUUAGAACUGCAGAAUUUGAGCUUGAAUUUGGCAAAGGAAUAUGUCGGGAAUCAGAGCUUAUACAAUUAGGGCUGAAACACAAAUUCAUUUCAAAGAUGGGAAGUGCAUAUUAUGGUAUGAACAACCAGACAUUUCAUGGCAAAGACGCUCUCAAGCAGUAUUUAGCCAAGGACAUUAGUGCACGAGAAGAACUUAUUAUGAAACUUAGGGAAAAGCUCUUGCAUGACGUUGGCAAUAAGGAUGCAGCUGGCACAGAUACUGAAAAUGGUUACCCCGUUGAAGUUGUUUCUAGCGACACCACUGACGAUGAAGUUGUUGCUACAGCAGCCGAGGUGUGAGUUGGGAAUUCAGAUACAACUUUACUUAAUGUUGGCUGGUCAGAUUGGUUUGCCAUGAUUCAUCUGCAAUUGUACUUGUUUAGCAGGAGAAUCCGAGCCUUGGUCCUGCAGAUUAGAUUUAUCAUAUACAUAUUCGGAUAUUCCUCACCAAGGUUCGGGGG